AUGGCGACAGAUUAUUUCUUUUCUGGAGACGCUUCCCAAUUAUCUCUUGAGAAGCUUAGGUCGUUAACGAAUAUUGAAGAAAUCCAAGACUGUCUAAGAAUUUUGGACCUGGAAGAAAACCAAGUUGACGUUGAUCUCGAUAUACUGCUUGAAAGAAGGGGACAGUUGGAGGCAGAGUUGGAUAAAUUGGAAGCUUUGAGGCCACAACUUGGAGCAUUAUCUUUGCAAGCCACUAACCUCAUGAGCAUAAUAAAUGGGACUUCAAACGUAGCUGAAAGAAUAAGUGCACAAGUCAGACAACUGGAUUUAGAACAGUCGCGAGUCCAAGAAACCAUCGAAGAGGUCGAAAAUGUGCAAGAACUAAAAUUAUGCAUCAACAGAAUGCAUUCAGCCAUGCAAAUUAGGGAUUACGAAGCAGCAGCUAGUUACGUUCAUCGUGCAUCUGCAUUAGAUCCACGAAUUCUCAAUGGCGAAUUUGCGGAAAAUGCAGUCCCAACAUCCGAAUAUCCCGAUGUUCCCACAAAAAUGCUUUCAGACGCGAAGACUAGCCUUUUUUCCGUGUUUUCUAAAGAAUUCGAAGCUGCUGUGCAAAGCCGCGAUGAAAAUAAUAUUAGUCGUUUUUUUCGCCUGUUUCCCCUUAUUGCUAUAAAACCCAAUUUCUAUGCUGACGCUCUCACAAAACUUUUUGAAAAUAUUGCUGUAAUAAUCGAUCAACAUCAUCCUGUCGUUGAAACACAUUAUGGCGCGGGAAAGAUGAUUAGAGUGCUCGAAAGAUUGCAAGAAGAAUGCGAUAAACAAAGUCGAAUUAUUCUUAAUACUUUUGGAGAUGAAAAACAAUUAAUGCGUAAGGUUGCUGAUAUUCGCUCAUACAAUAAUACUCCUAGACGUGUAAUCGUCCCUCCUCAUAGAACAGGAGGACAAUCUAGAGAAAUAACACCUGGACAAUCAAGGGAUAUCGAAAAUAUGCCAGAUACCAGAGAAAUUGACGCUCUGUUAACCGAAUUGGCUAUGAUUAGUCAACGAGCACAUCUGUAUUUUCGUUUUAUGGAAUCAAGAGUAAAGUCGGAAGCAGAAGCGAUGAAAAUUAACGAGGUCGACGUUUCACUUGAAAAGUCUACCGACGACUACAAUCCUAAUAAUUUUCUGAAUAACAGUGGUCUCAUGAAGCAAAUCAAGCAUUUGAUCAGCGAAUAUUUUUUUAUUGAAGAAUAUUUUCUGAGGAGAGCACUUGAACAGGCAAUUGAAAUCGAUAAAGUUGAAGAAGGCAACUCUACUUCGAGUUGCGUCGACGACGUAUUUUAUAUACUGAAACGAAGUGCAUUCAGGGCAGUGUCUACAUCUAACGUUGAUUGCAUUGUCACCAUGGUCAAUGUAGUAAAUCAAUGUUUGGAAACGGAAUUUAUUAAAGUUCAUCAGAAACGACUUGUUAGUGCUUUUACAUCCAAUGAAGCAAAGGAUGCUAAACUUUCUUAUAUGAUUUUAUUAAAUAACUUGGAUGUAAGUUGCGAUUAUAUUCAACGUCUUGCAUCUGAAUUGCAACAAGACACUAUUCGUACCUUGGCUCCAUUACCGGAGGACCACGAAAAUUGCCGCAAAGCACAAAAAUCCCUGUCUUCGUUAAGUGAGUCGUCUACUAACAAAUUCAAACAGAUCUUACAGAGUGGAUUAGAGCAGCUUUUUAAACAGUUGGUGAAACCACGAAUACGACCUAUUUUGCAAGAAGCAUACAAAGAUAUAAAGUACGUGCUUAACGAGGAUGAAUAUCAUGAUCAAGAAUCGAAUGAUAAUUUUGCUAAGCGGUUCGUCAAUGGAUUUGAUUCUUUGUUACAUAUAUAUAAGCUAGGUGCAUUGAGAUUCGACAAAGAUCUCCGCGCUAAAGUGCAACUCUUGGAAAUACAUGAUUAUUGGGGUUCCAGUACAAAAUCCGGUAACCCGAUUACAUGGCGCCUUACUAUCACAGAGGCUCGUAAAGUUUUGGGUCUAAGAAUUGAAUUUAAAGCUGGAGACGUAGCGAAUAUCAAGUUGUGA